GCGCAGACUAAAUUUUUUUAACAUAUGCUCGAUCUCUGAUAACUUGAGAGAGAGAGAGAGAGAGAGAGAGAGUGAGAGUUGCUCUGUGCUGCACCAAUCAUGGGGGAUAUUAAAUCACUGCACUCAAGAACCGUGGAGAGCGCGAAAUGGGUGGAGAGAACGGAGGACUGGCUCUGUACUAAUGCAGCAUUGAGAGGAGAUGUAAAAUCACUAAAUGAAAUAAUUGCGAGAGAUGGUCACAUUUUGGAUAGAGUUUUGGUGGGAAGUUUCAAAGGAAAAAAUCCUCUUCAUGUGGCUAUAUCAACAGGGCAAGAAGGUAUUGUUGAAGAGCUUCUCAAAACCAAACGAGAACUGGCUAAGGUUUUAGAUUGGGACCUAGGCACGGCCCUUCACGUAGCAUCUGCUAAGGGGCACCUAGGGAUUGUGAAACGUUUAGUGGACGUUUGCCCUGGGAUGUGCAUGACUCGAGAUAGAGAAGGCAAUAAUCCUCUUCAUAUCGCUGCAAUGAACGGUAAGGUCGAAGUAUUGAAUGAGUUGCUUCAAACCUGCCCCCAAGCAGCUCUAGUUAAGGUGGAUCGAGGGGACACCAUUUUGCACUUGUGUAUAAACUAUAAUCAGCUUGAGUGUCUGGAAAGGCUGCUAAUCCCGUUCGGAGAUGAACAAUUCGUCAAUUCUUUUGAUAGCAAUGGCAACAACAUUUUCCAUCUGGCUGUUUUUAGUAGACGAUUGGAGCUUGUGCAACGAGUGCUUAACAAAACCAAUACAAGAAUAGACGUGAACGCGACAAACGGAAGUGGGUUAACGGCGAUGGACAUUCAUUACGCCGUGAGAGCUGCUCAUGAUCGGGAGAGUGAUAAAAGAAUCGAAGACUUCCUACACAGUAAUGGGGCUAGACUCUUGAAAGAAUUACAUUCGUUACGGCCAGGAGACGAGCCUUCAUGGAAGAAGAACAAACAUGAUACGUUGAUGGUUGUAUCAUCACUGAUUGCUACAAUGGCAUUCCUAGUUGGGUUGACCCCUCCAGGCGGUGUUUGGGUAGACACUUUAGCAGGGGACAAAGGUGGGAAAGCUAUAAUCGCUUAUCGCUAUCCGAAUGCAUAUCCCUGCUUGAUGUAUGUCAACACGGUAGGAUUCGUCGUGUCUUUGACCACAAUCUUACUUCUCAUUAUUGCUUUGCCGGCGGAAAAACAAGUUGUUAGGUGGAUUCGAUCUGUGGUCUCGUGGUUGACAAUAAUGACCACGGCAUUCACUUACACAUUUUCCGUUGUGGUUGUCACACCGAGAGUAGAGCACGAGAGGUCCGCAAGCAUUGCCAUUUUGGUUACUGUUAUAUCGUGGGCUGUUGUGACGUCGCUUAUCCUCCAAGAGCGAUUUAGAAGGGAUUGUAUUCGGGAGCGAUGGAGUCCGAAGGAUAUCCUUGGAGAUCGUUUUCGAGAGCAAUGGAGUCCGAAGGAGAUCCUUGGAGAUUGUUUUCGAGAGCGACAGAGUUCAAAGGAGUUCGUGAAAAUGAGCACGGCCUCGCGGGUAAUACAACCAAGACCACUUCCAGAUGAAGAGCUAGCGGAAGCGAGUCCAAUGUUGGUUGCAUUUCAUUCUGCAGAAGAGCUACAGUAAAUACUUCAAAUCUUGUUAAAUUCGUGAUAUUUGUAAUCGUUUCAUUAACACAUGGUACAUACAAAAUCUCAUUUGUUUUCUGUGAUUCUUUUGUUAGGAGAUUUUUGUAGUUAUGCUAGGAGUUUAUGUGUCUAGUGUCAUGAAUCGAAUACUGAUCGAGACGUGUAAUGGGCUGUUUAGGAGCCGGAUUAUGGAUUGUCAUUAUC